CCUCCCAUCCGGAAUGGGAUGGCACAGCUUUGACAGGGAGAGAACGAAAGCAAGGGUGCAAGAAAAACCCUCAUUCCAUAACAUCAAAUAAAAUGCGAUUUAUGAGAAUUUAUGAGAACCAUUGAGCUCUUUAAAUCAGACAAUACAGUCCACUCAGCCCUGUUUUGGCACUUAAAUAAACCCAAAACAUAGCUGCCAACAGACCACCACAGAAGGACUGCAGGGGGUGUUUGGUGGGGUCUUGGGUGUGUUACUACUGCAAAGUUACAGUAUAUGGAUCAUGCAACAAUUCAUUUACUCUACACUCGGAAAAAAAAUGGUGCUAAAUAGCACUAAAAUCUCGUAAUCAUAUAGGGGAACCAUUUUUAGUGCUAUAUAGCAACUGGGAAGCACCUAUAAAGAACCACCCGGGGGUGAUAUAGCACCAUUAUAGCACCAGAUAUGGUUCUAUAUAGCACAAUAUGGUUCUACACAGGUGCUACACUGGUGCUAUAUGGCACUUAAAAUGGUUCCCCUAUGAUAACGAGCUAGGGAACCACUUUUGGUGCUAUUUAGAGUGUACGGUAGGUAUAUUUCACCUGGAUCUGUUGUAUUCUGAGAAAAAAAGUGCAUAUGAAGAGUUUCGUUGCAAAACGAGAUAACUCAGUUUUUUUAAUUUUUCAGAAAUCUCGUUUUUUGGUUGUGCAUUCGAAUUAAUAUAAAUUCAACUGCAGUUGGUUUGUUUUGAUUGAAACCUUCAUAACUUAAAAAAUACAGCUAAGUAGCACCAUAAAACAAACUAAUAACAUGAUAACAUAAUAAUAAACAUGUUUUGACAAAAAUGUUAAAAACGGAUUUAUCUCGUUUUGCAACGAAACUCUUCAUAUAUUGUCUUGUCUAUCUCUGCUUUGCUUCGGAGGAAACAAAAUGCCUUGGAUGUUUCUGGAUUGGUUUGUCCCUGUCUAUCUGCUGGUCUCUGUCCUCGUACUGGCUGGUUUUGGAGCAUGUCUGUAUUUCCUGGAGCCGGGUCUUCAGGACGCUCACAAAUGGAACAACAAGUCAAUGAGACGCCAACCCAUGGUCCCCAUGAGGCAAACACAUUCCAGGGACGACGACAGCAAUGCUUUGCUAUAACAAAAGGAUCAAUGAGACUUUUGUGCUAAAUCAUGUAUUGAUGAUAUUUAAUCAAAAUUUAUUUUCCAUUUACUGAGUUUUUAUUUGCGACUAUAAGAUUUGGGUAUGUUGUGAGACAGUGGGGAUUUACACAACAACAACAGAUUAUUACAUCAAACAUUGUAUGUUACCCAGUCUGUGAAAACAGCUGAAGCAUUUUUGGGAAUACUGUUUUCUACAUCAUCCUGUGAAAAUAUAAUCUUGAUAUCUUUAUCACAUAUGAUUUGGCCAAAAAAAGUCUGUAUUGGCCAGUCAGUGUAUUACUUAGACUAUUUUAAAGCAAACCAUACAAAACCCCAUCUCACAGUUAUAGAAAUUUUAAUUUAAACCAAACCAACAAUCUAUUUACCACACUAAGAUUUGUUUCUUUGCCUAGACACUUUACAUAAAAUGGACAAAUAUUCCAGGUCAUGAUGGCAAUGUUGUUUUAAUUUUAGAAUAUGCACUGAAAAAAAUGAUUCAUUCAAUUUACUCAAUUUUGCAAUCAAUUUAUUUAGUUACAUUUAAACAAAAAUUUGAUUGCAAUCACUUACCUUAAAAAAAUUUAGUAAAUUGAAUGAAUCAUUUUUUUCAGUGGCCUGAAAAAUCUGGAAAAGCCACAUCCUGAGAUACAAAUAAUUGAGAUACUAAUUGAAGAAUAUACUUUUAGCAGUGUUUAUUACUAAACACACUGUUUGUCAUAAGUCACCAAACUAGUGAUAGUCAUUUGUAACUUUGCAGCUACUGAUAAACUGCCACACGGAAAAAAAAAUUAUUCAUUCAAUUGACUCAAUUUUUCAAAGGUAAGUGGUUGCAAUUAAUUAAUUUAAGCUACAUUUAAACAAAAAAGAUUAGUAAAGUAAAAUACAACAAAAAACUUUCGUUUAAAUGUAGCUUAGAUAAAUUGAUUGCAACCACUUACCUUAAAAAAAUUGAGUAAAGUGUAUGAAUUAUUUUUUUCAGUGCCAUAUUUCUCAAGUUAAAGGGAUAGUUACUUAAACAUUUUAAUUUUGUCAUCAUUUACUCACUUAAAUGUUUUUACAAACCUGUAUAAAUUUCAUUGUUCUGAUGAAAACAAGAAAAAAUAUUUUGAGGAAUGUUUGUAACCAAACCGAUCAACGGCCCCAUUGAUCUCUAUAGUAUUCUUUAUUCCUACUAAGUCAAUGGGGCCUCUGAUUGUUUUGGUUACAAACAUUCCUCAAAAUAUUGUCAUUUUUGUUUAUCAGCACAAAGAAUUUUUAUUAUUAUUAUUAUUUUACUUUUUUUUAACAGAACAAAGAAAUGUAUGGUAGAGUGAAUAAAUUAGGACAUAAUUUUCAUUUUUGGGUGAACUAUCCCUUUAACUGAAAACUUGUUUAAGGUGAAAGGCACAUAAUACCAGAAUACCUUAUUUGAUUUGUAUCAUCUAUUUUAAUGUGUUAUCUUUGUAAAAACAAUGAUAUACUAAAAACACACUUUUAUUAGUGGUAUACCAUUGCUAUUUAAGGUCCUGGAUGUAUGUUAGUUAUUCUCAUGUUCCAGUAGUUUUGUGUGAAUAAAGUUAGUUUUGGACUGAUACAUUAUCUAGAUUCAAACCAGUUUCGUCUUUGUAGGUAAAUACUGAUAAACUUGAUGGUUUGUUAUCACUGCCAUGUAUAUGCACAACUGUAUUAUCAAUUAUAGCAUGUUUUACCUGUUUAAGCAUGUCUGCUAUUUUACAAAGACUGUAAACAAAUGAAAUAAAUUUGGAGUACUUCA